AUGUUUAAACUCAUAAAUUUGCUUUGUGAGUGCCAUUUGGCAAAAAUUGGAUUAAAAAAUAAUAUUAUAAUAAUAAUUGCUUUGUAAAUUAAAUUGUAAAAAAGACUCAUCAAAUAUUAAAUUCGAUAAAUAUUUGAAAUAAUAAAAUACUUGAAAGCUAAAAUUCAAUUUGGUUGCUUAUAAAAUUAUAAAAUAAUAUCGAAAAAAGUAUUACUUAAAGGUUAUUUAUUUUUUAGGUUUUAUAAAAUUCAAAGAUAUUUGAUAGCAUAAAUAUUGUUUCGAUAUUAAGCAAGUUAGUUAUCAAAUACAAUAACUAACAAAUAAAUCAUACUAAAUAUUUCUAAAUAAACAAUACUCAAAAUUAGAUUAUUAAAAAGGUUAAUGAAGAUAGCUUUUUAAAUAAAUUAUCAAAAUAUUAAAUGGGUAUUCCUCAUUGCGUUCAUAUUCUUCAUAAGACAGACAAAAGGGUUUUUAGAUUAUACAUAAGAUAACCUCUCAAACUGUUCGAUUGAGUAUAAUGAUGAAGAAAGAUAACAAAAAUUUAAAUUGCACAUAAUCGAUUAAUAUGCAUUUAUAAUAUUAUCUCCUAUUUCAAUUAUUUCUAAUCUAAUUAUUAUCAUAUUGUUCCUCAAAUAUAAAGAGAGUCGCAAGCAGCCAAGCGAUAUCAUAUUUUUUAUUAGCAUUUCAGAUUUAAUCCUAUCGAUACACUGGUUUAGUUCUGCUAUUUAUGCGAUAUCCAAAAGUUAGGUACCUGAUAAUGAUGAUAUUUUUUGCUAAAUUAAUUCCUUUUUCAGUAUUACAUCAGGAUCAAUUGAAUAUUUGUAUAACCUCUUUUUCUGUAUUUUUUUGAUAACUCGCAUUAGGAAUACUAUUAAAGGUUUUAGGAUUAAGAAGUCUUUUAUUCAUUUUUUUACUAUAGUUGGCUCUAUUGGGUUUUAUCUCUUGUAAAAAUUCUAAGGCAGAGCAUAGUUGAAUUUAUACGGAGUUUGUUCCUAUAAAGUAGAUAGUACUAGUUGGAUUAUUGGAGUAUCUAUAUUUGUUGUUUAUCUAUUUAUAAGCUGGUUGACAAUAUACUAUUUCAAGAAAUAUGUUCCUAAUAUCACUGCCUUUGUAAAGCAUCGUACAGAGUUUCUCUAAUUCUAUUAUUUCAACGUAUUGUUCAUAAGUAUAAGUUGGUCUAUAUUAGUAGCUUCAAACAUUAUUGUAGGAAUUAAUUGUACUUAUGAGCUGUCUCCUUUUUUAAAUAUCUUUAUAACAGUUGGUAAUAUCAUAAAGCUAGUUACUCCUAUAGUUCUUUCUAUUGUUAGAUACUUUGAUCCCACUCUCUAAGGCUGCAUCCAAAAUCAUAAGCUAGCCAGAUAAAGUACUUCUAGCGAGCUGAUAAACCUUUCUUUCAAUAAACCAAUUUUAAACGCAUAAGUAGGAUUAGAUUGGAACUAAUCAACUAGCAAAGACAGUUUAUCAUCAAGGCAUAGAAGAGUGUCCAAUUGGAGUCAUGUAAUUUCAGCUAAUUUAAAGAUCUUGAGAAUUUAAAGCAUAAUAUUAGGUCUUUUUAUGUAAGACGAACUCAUAUCUUAAUAAGCUCCUUAAAAAGACUAAAUAUAAAAUUUAAGUUUUGUAUAUGACUAAUAAAUUUUAAAAACCUUACCAGAGGUCUAUCUUAAAAAACUUCAUAUGAAAUAUGAAACACAUAAAAUGAGAAUCAAGUUUUUUUUUCCAUUAGAAUUUAAAUAGCUAAGAGAAAAAGACUCUAAAUUUAUUAACAUUAAAAAAGAUUUUGAUCUUAUAGAAAACUUUAAGUCUCUUUAAAAUAUGGCUGAAACUGGAGAUGGAGGUAAAAGUGGCGAACUUCUCUUUUUUAAUCAUGAUAAAACCUUACUUAUGAAGACUAUUUCACGUUAAGAUGUUUAAUCUUUCUAAAAGUUUGGAAAGUAAUACUUUUAGUAUGUUAUGAAUGAAAAUCCUGAUACAUUUAUUAUUAAAAUUUAUGGUAUGUACUCUUUUACAAGAGCAGAUACGAGAGACUUAAAGACAUAUGUUAUUUUUAUGAGAAAUAUUGCUAAUGUCCCAUCUUAGAAUAUUUUAAGAAGAUAUGACCUCAAGGGAUCUAGAUUUGAUAGAGAAGUUCUAACUAAAUAUAAAAUACAAGCUGAAGAUUUACCAAAUUAUUCAAAUAUAGAAGAAUUUUAGAAUUAGCUAGAUAUGAUAAAAGAAUUUAAUGUGAUCAAAGACGCUAAUUUAAACAAUUUAAAUUCUUGUGAAUCAAGAAACUCUGAUUUUGAUAUUAAAAAUGUAGUCUGCUAAAACUAAAUCAAAUAACAAGAUAAUACAAAUCAAAAUGAAACUUUAAAUGAUAACUAAAAUAUUAGAAACAUAAACAAAUUUGGAAAAAUUUAAGGAAUAGAUUUUUAACGAUAAUAAACUAUCUAAAACUGGAUAGAACUCUAUAACUAACCAAUAUUUAAAAGAGAACUUUCAUGUAACAUGUAAAAGUCCAUUAAUUAAAACAUUAACAUCUCAAAAAUAACAAUGAAAGAUUUAGAUUUUUUAAAACUAGAAAAACAAAUUUAUGUUGACGAGAAUUACAUUAAAUUUAUUAAGUAAAGCUUAGAAAAGGAUUGUUUGUUUUUCAAGGAAAAUGGGAUAAUUGACUACUCUUUACUUGUAUUCAAAGUGGCUAGCUAAGUCAGUCAUAAUUAGGAAAGUAGUACAGAAAAAGAAAAUCUAAUCUUUUAGUCUAAAAGAGAAAAAUACAUUGAUUAUCAUAUAGGUAUUAUAGAUUAUUUACAGGAAUGGAACAUAGAUAAAAUGCUAGAAUAAAAAGCUAAGUAGGCUAUUCAUGCAAAUUUAAAUUUAAAUGUUUCAUCUUAAAAUCCAGAAACAUAUUAAUCAAGAUUUAAAUAGAAUAUAAUUGAUUCACUUUUUUGA